ACGCGUUUCCUCGGCUUUUUAUUAAUGUGCGCAGUGUGUAAUCAAAUAAAUUUGAAAUUUAUUAAACAGGAAUAUGUAAGCCGAUUACCGGUGACACCAGUUAUUGCUGAAUUAUAUAAAAUGAGAACUAAGAUAAAGAAGUUAAGCACAUCAGUGAAAAAAGGUGAUAUAUUACUUAAAGAAUCACCAUUUGUAUGCACGUUGAAAUCAAGCUUAAGACAAGAAAGAUGUGACUCCUGCUUUUUGAGUGGACAGGUUUUUAAAUGCUCUGCCUGCAAGUAUGUUUACUAUUGCAACAAGUCUUGCCAGAUAGCGGGUUGGGAGGUGCACAAAGAUGAGUGCCAGAAAUUAAAAAAGAUAUAUCCACGUGAGGUGCCGGAUGCAGCACGAAUUUUAGCUCGGAUAAUUUUUAAAUUGAAGAGAGGAGGAGCCCAAGUGCGGGGUUUUUAUACAAAGACUAACUUCAGGGUUUUCAAAGACUUAAUGUCUCACUACUCUGACAUAAAAAAAGACAGUAAACGAAUGGAGCACUUUACAUCCUUAUACAAUGUUCUGUUAGAGUAUAUUGGUGAACAGGAUGUCCCAAAUUCAGCUGAACUGUUGGGAAUAUAUGGUCGACUCGUAGUUAACGGGUUUAACAUUUUAGACCCGGAGAUGGUUGGAAUUGGAACUGGAAUUUAUCUGGGUGUGUCCAUCAUUGACCACUCCUGUGAUCCCACGGCAGUGGCUGUAUUUCAAGGCACCACAAUUUACAUCCGAUCACUUGUCGACAUGGAUGACUUUGACUUCUCUAAGGUGUUCAUCACGUACAUAGAACUACUUAACAGUGCACACGAGCGACAGCAAGAUCUGAUGGCAACAUAUUACUUCUUGUGUCAGUGCUCUCGGUGCAAAGAUAUUGAAGAAAUUAAAUUGAAUGAUUCAAUGUUGUGCCCAAAAAUUGACUGUGGGGCUCCAGUGCCAACACAACUUCAGGAGUCCCUAAGUUCAGAAAAUUCAGUACCCAGCUGCCCUAAGUGUAAGGAGAAUAUCAAGCCCCAAGUCUACAAUCGUUACCUUGAAGUCAGUGAUUUUGUAAGACUACAGCUUCAAAAUAUGAAGAACAUUGCUUAUUUGGAUGUUUGUAAAGUGUGUUUGGAGAAGCAGGAGAAACUGUUCCAUCCCAUGAACCUGCAGAGGGUGAAGGUCUUGGAUUCAGCAUUUGAGAGCAGUGUGUCACUCGGCCAAUGGCAGGAGGCCAGGCGCUUUGGUCACCAGCUGCUGCCAGGCUACAGGUGUUAUUAUGGAGAGAUGCAUCCCCUGACUGGGAUCCUCCAGCUGAAGCUGGCAAAAAUCUGCCUGUUCCUGGAAAUGGUAGAGGAGGCUAGACCUCUGCUGCGAGGAGCUCAAGACAUACUGGGAGUGACCCAUGGGCGAGACCAUACACUCUAUGUUGACCAUCUGUUACCCCUUAUUGCACAGGCUGAAUAAAUCCUUUUUAUCAGAA